AUUAGGCUGAGAGUUCGGCUUAGCCCCACCUUUCAGUGGCGAAAUGUCAUUGCUUAGAAGGCAUUCAUCUCUAGAAGUCCGUCAAAUUAGCUCCCGGAACUGCUUUCUUCCGUCUGUAUUUCCGUUCUGAAUAUCGCCUCAUCUCCCCUUUAUCAUGAGUGAUCCAUGGCAGGAGUGCAUGGAUUAUUGCAUAGAGGUCACUAAACGGGCCGGAAAGAUGAUCUGCGAGGCGCUCCAAAAGGACAUCGCUGUCAUGCACAAGAGCUCAGCGGUUGACCUGGUGACCGAGACGGACCAGAAAGUGGAACAGCUCAUUAUAUCUUCCAUCAGGGAAAAGUACCCAACACACAGCUUUAUAGGCGAGGAGUCCGUAGCAGCAGGCGCCCCCAGCACCCUCUCUGACAAUCCCACUUGGAUUAUCGACCCUAUCGAUGGCACCACCAACUUUGUUCACAGGUUCCCGUUUGUGUCUGUAUCAAUCGGUUUCACAGUGAAGAAAGAGAUAGAGUUUGGGAUUGUCUACAGCUGCAUCGAAGAUAAAAUGUACACAGCACGUAAAGGAAAGGGAGCAUUUUGCAAUGGAGCCCCAAUCAAGGUGUCUGGACAAGAAGAUAUUAGUAAAUCCUUGGUGCUGACAGAAAUGGGCUUCAAGAAGGACGCCGAGCAAUUUCAAACAAUGAUGGCCAACAUCAGAAACAUCCUCAGCAUCCCUGUACAUGGAAUCCGCUCCCCAGGCAGCGCAGCUGUCAACAUGUGUCUGGUAGCGUGCGGAUCGGCUGAUGCUUACUACCACAUGGGCAUCCACUGCUGGGACAUGGCUGGAGGGGCAGCAGUUGUCAGAGAAGCUGGAGGAGUCAUCAUGGACAUUUCAGGUGGACCAUUUGAUUUGAUGUCUCGCAGGCUGAUUGUGGCCAGCAGCAGAAUAAUAGCAGAACGCAUUGCAAAGGAGAUAACAGAGUUUCACGUUGGCAGGGAUGACACUGAUGACUAGUUAACUGCUGCACUGCUCUCAGCCUGCUCAGCUCAUGUAAACACCCUCAACUGUUUUGUACAUAGAAGGUCUCAAACCUGUCUUUGCCUUAAAAACAACAACUGUAAACUUACCUCUGAAGAGCAUCUGAGAGAGUUUAACUGUUCAGAGCUUACACUUUCAGCCUCUUUUCUGCCUUUUUUUGUUGUUGUGUGUUUUCACAUGUCAGGACUUACCUGUUCAGAUACAGACUUUGUAUUGUGUUUUAAUUUAACCCUGGAGAACCCAUGGGGUCAAAUUUGACCCCAUGGUUUCCCUAGAAAACCAAUGGGGUCGGCUCUGACCCCAUGGGUUCUCCAGGGUUAAACAGAUGCGAUGGAGUGUAUGCCCUUGUUCAUAUUAGUUUUUAGUGUGAUGUUUUUAAUCACUAAACAGUGUCUUAGUAUUUAUUUAUUUGUGAGAAAGAAGAUAAAGAAGUCUUAUGGUUAUUCUUCCUCAACACAGCACUAUUAAAGCAAAGUUAAUGUUGAAGUAUAAAGUAUUUUACUUAUACAUGAGUAGCUAUUACAUUUUAGAGUCAUCACUGGUUUGCACAAUGCGUAAUGCAAGUAUAUGUGUACCUACAACUGUACUGUAUAUCUGCUUUCUUUAUCAAGCCAAAGGAUAAAGGGUGCUGUUGGCUAAGGAGCAAUCCAAGGAUGUUUUUCAAAAUGUGUGCUUGUUUUAUGUGCUUUUGUAAGAAUGCAAUAAAGACAGCAAGUAAAAGCAAAUAAUAUCUCUUA